AUGACGCACCCCCGCGCGGGCACUGGACUGGCUGUACAUGUACAGGGCUCCGGCCUCUGCGCCGAUGCCGAUUUACGCUAUAGCCCUGUCGGUGCUGCUGCCAAAACAACGGAUGAGAAGGGUAGACCGGUGUACCCAAUGCCCUCAGUGGUGCUGCUGGACCAAGCUGCCGCCACUAUGCCGUCACCAACUGAACCAACCUCAUCCUCCACCAGAGCUGGCUCUGACCUUCCUUCCUCUCCUCUCGACAACCUCCUCUCGACAACCUCAUCCCGACAACCUCAUCCCGGCGCCCUCAUCCCGACGCCCUCAUCCCGACGCCCUCCUCCCCAUCCUCUCCAUCCGCUGCAUCCCCGCGUCCUAGCCUGCAUCCAGCGCCGAGAUACCACAUGGCCGGCGCCGCUCCUCCGUUGCGUCUGCACCGUUCGCUCUCGACCUCCCGACGGCCCGAAGCACCCCGCGCGUCGGCCACGUUCCUUCAUCGCACCUGGCUGGCUUCUCGUCCGUCGACGAGGCACGACCGUCGUCAUGGCCCAGCCGCCGCACCCCAUCUUCAUCAACCUGCCCCCGCCGGGCUCCAACCACGACACGCCGUCCGAGAUGCCCGGCACGCCCACAAGCACCACCACCUCCCUCUCCGCCCUCUCCACCACGGCCAUCAAAGACGGCCACCGCGGCCACUUCUCGGCCGGCAAUCUGGGCCGCGGCCAUCAGCACAGCCCCUCGACGACGAGUCUCGAGGCCGAGCGAGCCGACCGCAUCUCGCGCCUCGCCGGACUCGAGCGGGUGUCCACCCUGCGCACCGCUCCUCCGACCGCAGGCCAGCCCGGUGCUGCGUCCUCGCUCUCGCCCCAGACGACGCCGACGUCGACGUCGGCCUUCCCCCUGAACUAUCCGCCCACCCAGCACCUGACGGCCGCCUACUUCGACAGCAACGGCCAGCCCGUGGCGGUGACGAAGAUGAGCACCGUCGGCUCCGCCAGCGCGACCGAGAGCCACGUCGGCGAGGAGGGCGACGACUUGCGAACGACGGCCGGCGACCGUGACGAGGACAUGCUCAGCACCGACACCAACUACCGCGAGGCCGGCUCCGUCGCCAGCAUGGGCAUCGACGAGGACAUGGACGCCAUGGCCACCCGAUCCGUCGGCGGCUACGAGGACCGCAUGAGCGACGACGGCUCCGCCUCCCUCGUUGGCUUUGGCGAAGGCGCCGGCAGCACCGUCUCGGGGCCCAUCUACCACCGCCGAGUGCCCCCGGGCUCCUCGGCCACCCACCAGCCGACCAACGUCGAGAGGACAAGCUCGAGCGUCAUCGACGCGCGCCGUGAUAGGGACACCCCCAUGGUCGGCGGUGGCGAUACCCCCGUGAGCGUCUCUGCCAUGCAGGAGCGUCGCGAUGCCCGCAUGAUGGACGGCGUCGCUGCCGAGGCCCCGCACUCGAGUCACGCCAUCGGCGAGGAUGCCUUUGUCGAUACCACCUUCAGGGGCCCCGUCGUCUCACCACCGGCCCAGAACGUCGACGCGGCCGAGAGGAUGGCGCAGCCGCUCGAGUCUGAUGAGCAAGCGGCGGGACCGAGGGCCGUGGCGAACCCGGGCCGUGGCAAAUUUUACAUGGAAGGGGAGAAGAAGCACGAUUGA